AUGGGCGACCUCAUCAACAGAGACAACGCCACUAAAAUGGACGCCGACAACAACACCCACGACCUCCUCAACAUGGGCGGCCUUUCCAAAAUCAACAAACUCAUCAACUCAAACAAGAGCACCGACACGGACGGCGUCGCUGUGAUGGAUGGCGGCGCUGGCGACGACACCCUCACAGCUCGCAUCCACGGCCUGCCUCCUGAGCUCUUCGAGAUCAUCUACAACUUCGUCUUCACCAUGCCGAGACCGACACGCAGAGAAGUCCACAUCGACGCGGACUACAAACCCCCCGUCCAACUGCAAAUCUCCAGCGCCACCCGCGCCUCUCUCGCUGGAAACUACUACAGCUCCUCGAUCUUCGCAUACGACGAGAACGACGGCUAUCCUCUGUUCGUAAAGUUUAUCAUGAGUCUCCCAUGGAAGCACAGGGCUAUGAUUCGAAUACAACACACGUUCCGCUACUCGUGUGGUGUACAAGGGCACGCAUGCUCGGCUGCGACGUCGUGCGCCAGAAGGACGUCUUGCAUCAAGGCGAACUGGUAUAGGGGCUUCAGGGCGCAAUUAUGGGCAGGACUCGAGUGCUUGUGCUACAACGAGACGAAGCAGUCCUAG